AUGAUAAACAAAUUAAACUCAAUAUUUACGAUCGUUAUACUUCUAGCGCUCUGUCCAGCAUCCAUGUGCUUCGGCUCUGGUGAUAUUUCCGAAAUAUCCGGUCUAGAGGACCGCGCCUACAGACAUGGAGAUAUCGAUAAUACGCUACUUGAAUUGCUUUUUACCGUAGGCUCAAGCAGCGUGAUCAAAUCAUUCCUCAAGAAAGCUUUCACUGGUUCAUCUGGGAAAAAGUUUGACGUAAAGAAUGUCAAAAGAGUCUACUUUGGUAACUGGACAAGGGACCUCAGUCAAGCAAUGGACGUAUCUACCUUGACCAAGUUCAGUCCAUCUACAAUCACCUCCAUUGUUGCGGUCCUUGGCUUUCUUUCGUUCGGCUAUGGCUCAAGAGAAUUUGAAGUAAAUGAGGAAAUCUUGGGAUGCUACAGACCUGAAGAGCAUAUUGACAAUCCAAAGAACUACGCAGAUGCACCAGAAGGCUCUCCAAGAGAGAUAACCGGCUAUGAUAAAUUGCGUGGCGGGCUCGUUGACGGUGAAUUAGACUUUGACGAAAGGACAGGAAUGAAAAACUACAUAGCUAAUGAAGACGGUGAUUGGGACACUAGUUCAGAAUAUAUCCGCAAAAAUCUAAUCGAAUCCAUCGAGCUCGGCAGAGAGGCGAGAAACGGUGGUACUGAUGAGCAAAUGUGGCAUGCUUUGUAUUUGCUUGGCAGAGCACUUCAUUGCGUCGAAGACUGGCCAGCACAUUCAAACACAAUCGAAGUCACCCUGCAAUCACUGGGCUACUCAGAUGUUUUCACUCACGUCGGAAGCAAUGUAAGGGUUGAAGCACCCGACGGAAGAAUGGUAUCGCCAAUCGUCACAGGAACAUUUGGAGGUGCAGACUUCCUCCAUUCCCUCCUUGGUGAGGCUACCGACAAGCUAAGCAGUCAAGGAAUAGGUGAUUUGAGUACGACUCUGUCUCAAAACAGGGAAAGCAAUAACUCAGACCGGUUCAGAAAACUAUUAGCUAUGCUGCUCAAGUCCAAAGAUAAGGGGGAAGCUGAUAAUGACGAUGAGGAAGGCCACCCUAGUGCUGAUGACACAGUCAACAAACUGGAUGACAUCAGUCGUCACACGCAUGAGGACUCUAUUGAUGAGAGUGAAGUUCGCGAUAUAAUUAGGCAACUAAUUAACAUUCACGACGAUAUUGCAAGAACCAUUGAUGCAGUUAUCGAGAAAGUACCCUUCAUAAGCGAUAUACUGGAUGAGGCUUCUAAUACACUGCAAGUUUUUAUAUUUUCCACUUUAGAACCUGUUCUCUCGCCUAUUUUAAAGGAUUUAAAGGACGUGAUGUUCGAAGCCUCAGCUUGCGUAGUCGAUGACGACUCUCAGCGUGAGGUCUUUGAUGAUCCCGACGCAAGCGACCCAACUCACUCGAUGCUUGCAAAGGACCACUUUGGAAACGUACUUAACGCGCCUGCUGGUAGACUGGCGAAGUUGAUGAUCACCCACAUUGUCAAUGCUGUAGUUAAGGAUGGCUGGGAUGGGGAAGCGGACCCUAGCUCAAUCGCCGAUGAAGCUCUUCAAGCUCUCCAUCAUCCAGAUUUUCAAAAUGGUUCUGCUAUUCAGGAAGAUAUGAUGCAAUUCGUCAAAGAUUGGAUUGAGUCUCAAGGAGAAGAAAAAGAUGAAGUCCUGCGUAGAUUGGAGAGAGACAGCGUUCUCGAACAUCGCAAUACAACUGAUGGACUAAGUGGUGGGUCAAUGAACCCAACUGAUCAGGAGAAAUACGGCAAAUACUAUGGUGCCAGUCAGGGUCUUCAAGGUCUUGCUGCGUCUGGGGCCCUGGAUGGACUUCCUGGAGGCGAGCAGCUGAGUGAAGGUCUUACCGCCUUGCAACUUGGUGGUGGUGACACGAAUGAGUCUGUCGAACGCUCAAGAUACGGCAGUAACAACCCAGCUCAGUACCGAUCAAGCCACGAGGAUAGUGGUGAGUAUGCUAACGAGAGCUAUGGCUCUGGCUUCAACUCAGGAAAUGAAUAUCGUUCUGGAAACCAUUAUCAAUAUACUGGCUAUGGAGGUCAGCAAUCUCCUUACGGUGGUGGCGGAUUACAGCCUAACUACGGCAACAGCGGCUACGGUGGUCCACAAGCUUAUGGUAACCCUGCUUACCCGGCAUACCCAAACCAGCAAUAUGGCUACGGUUAUACUGGUCAAGAGUACGGUAAUGCGUACGGACAAGAUUCAAACUAUUACACUCAAUAA